ACACAGAACGUCGUUUUUUCUGGACUUGUAAACAAGCUUCGACUUUUACGCAGCUUUUUUUUAAAAGAAACCAAGGCGUAAAUAAACGGCUUCCUCGUCCUGCUCUCUUCUUUUCUUUUUUUAGAAGUGGCCUUUCGGCUUCGGUUACCGACCACCCAUGCGUGUGUUCGCCGGUUUUAACGUGCAGAGCAUGAGGGCGCUAACAUUUGGGCUAACUUUGGUCCGACAUGGGGAAACGCCGUACAACAAAGAAGGACUGCUACAAGGUCAGGCUAUAGACUCAGCUCUGUCUGAAGCCGGGCAGCAGCAGGCCGAAGCUGCAGGACGAUACCUGAAGGAUGUCAGGUUUAGCCACGUGUUUGUCAGUGAUAUGCUGCGAGCCGUGCAGACUGCAGAAUCGAUCCUGAAACACAACAGCAGCUGUUUGGGUCUUCAGAUGGUUCGAGAUCCUUUACUGAGAGAAAAGUGAAGCUUUGGGAUCGCUGAGGGGAAGAAGGUGAAGGAGCUGAGGGAGAUGGCCGAGGCAGCCGGUCAGACGUUUCCUGGCUUCACGCCUCCAAAUGGAGAAACUCAGGAGCAGGUGAAGCAACGGGUCCAAGAGUUUCUGGAGAAGAUGCUCCAGCAGGUUGGUUCUAAACGCCGCAGUGACGGAGGACAGGACGGAGGGCAGGAUGGACCUCCGGAGACGUGUCCUGUGGAGGGGAAGCCGGACGACGGGCUGAAGGCCGUCUCGGUCCACGCUCUGGUCGUCACCCACGGAGCUCUGAUGUGCGUCGCUGUUCGCUACUUUGUGGAGGAGCUGCACUGCUGCGUCCCUCAGGGCUGCGAUAAGGCCUUCAUGUUCUCUCUAAGUCCAAACACUGGUCUGUGUCGGUUUAUUCUGACAGUAAAAGAAGAACAGGAGAGGUUUGUUCUAUCAGGGAUCCGCUGUGUGUUCGUUCACAGAGCCGAUCAUGUUAAACACUAACAGCAGAGGAACAACACAAAGAGCUGUUUAAAUUAUUAUUGUUAUCAAAUGUGGAGCUGAUUCAACUUCUACACAACUGAUGCAACAUUAGAAGACUUAAACUGAGGGAUGAAGUGUUAGUGAAUUCAUUUAAAGAGGUUAAAAGCAUCUUUAAUAUGUGAUGCUCGUUCCCUUGUUUCCUUCAUUUACCCUCAGCUGGAACGUCAUCCUCACAUCGUUAGCUCUUGGCUGAUCAUUACUGUAAACGUGGGCGGAUAAUGAGUCCCUGUUUCUAUAUUUAGCCUCUGGUUCAUAGAUUUUACCCAGGAACGCAGAGCAGGACGGCAGCAGAGUUUACUUUUUGGAAAUCAGUGACUUUUUAUUGUUGUGAAUUAACACUAGAGUCAACAAGGACCAACCAAGGCUGGGUGUGUUCUGGUUUCACUCCAUUCUCUGUAGGAAAAAACAUUAUUUAUAAGAGAUAAACUCUAUUUCUCAAAUGCCAUAAUCUAUAGAAUGUAGAGUGUGGGGAAAAAACAUGUUACAGAUUGAAGCUGAUGGUGAGUCUUUAACUGGAAUAUUAUUAAUGCUGCUGUUAAAUAUAAAAGGUUCAUUCUGUUCAGACCUUCUCUGAUAAAACUCCUUAAAAACACUGCAGUGGUUCUCAUCUGUUCAUCUCUGCAUGUUCUAUAAAUGAGAGUUUAAACACACCAAUCUGUUAGAUCAGAGUCUUUGGUAAGGAUUCGGUAUUAUAUUAAAAUAUUCAGUAUUCCAUUUUUUCUCACUGCUUUGGUACAUUUCCUGAAUCAUCCUCGACAUUUGCUAAACUAGAAGUGCAUUUCUCAGAACAAUUCGUACAAAUAGUAAAACACCAUAGAUUACCUGUAAAAUCCAGUCUCUGCCUCUAAGUCCUUAGUUUGUCUCUCAGAAAUAAAUCUGUGUCAGUGAACAUGUUAGGUCCAUCAGAAUGACCAGUCAUGUUGUCACUGUAUGGAUCAGAGGGUCAGAUUGCUGAGUCAUGUGGCAUGGCUCAGUGGGUAGAGUGGCCGUCUUGUAACUGGAGGGUUGCCGGUUUGAUCCUCGCCCGCCGUGCUCACGUCGAGGUCUCCCUGAGGAAGAUACCUAACCCCUAAUUGCUCCUGAUGGGUCAUGGUUAGCGCCUUGCAUGGCAGCUUCUGCCAUCAGUGUGUGAAUGUGAUGUAUCUUGUAAAGCGCUUUGGGUACCUUGCAAGUAUAGUAAAGUGCUAUAUAAAUACGGACCAUUUACCAUGUUGUCACUGUGUGGAUCAGACGUCAGAUUGCCGAGUCAUGUUGUCACUGUGUGGAUCAGACGUCAGAUUGCUGAGUCAUGUUGUCACUGUGUAGAUCAGACGUCAGAUUGCUGAGUCAUGUUGUCACUGUGUGGAUCAGAUGGUCAGAUUGCUGAGUCAUGUUGUCACUGUGUGGAUCAGAUGGUCAGAUUGCCGAGUCACGUUGUCACUGUGUGGAUCAGACGUCAGAUUGCUGAGUCACGUUGUCACUGUGGAUCAGAGGGUCAGAUUGAUGAGUCAUGUUGUCACUGUGUGGAUCAGACAUCAGAUUGCUGAGUCACGUUGUCACUGUGGAUCAGAGGGUCAGAUUGAUGAGUCACGUUGUCACUGUGUGGAUCAGACAUCAGAUUGCUGAGUCACGUUGUCACUGUGGAUCAGAGGGUCAGAUUGAUGAGUCAUGUUGUCACUGUGUGGAUCAGAUGGUCAGAUUGCCGAGUCACGUUGUCACUGUGUGGAUCAGACGUCAGAUUGCUGAGUCACGUUGUCACUGUGGAUCAGAGGGUCAGAUUGAUGAGUCAUGUUGUCACUGUGUGGAUCAGACAUCAGAUUGCUGAGUCACGUUGUCACUGUGGAUCAGAGGGUCAGAUUGAUGAGUCACGUUGUCACUGUGUGGAUCAGACAUCAGAUUGCUGAGUCACGUUGUCACUGUGGAUCAGAGGGUCAGAUUGAUGAGUCACGUUGUCACUGUGUGGAUCAGACAUCAGAUUGCUGAGUCACGUUGUCACUGUGGAUCAGAGGGUCAGAUUGAUGAGUCAUGUUGUCACUGUGUGGAUCAGACGUCAGAUUGCUGAGUCACGUUGUCACUGUGUGGAUCAGACGUCAGAUUGCUGAGUCACGUUGUCACUGUGGAUCAGAGGGUCAGAUUGAUGAGUCAUGUUGUCACUGUGUGGAUCAGACAUCAGAUUGCUGAGUCAUGUUGUCACUGUGUGGAUCAGAGGGUCAGAUCGCUGAGUCAUGUUGUCACUGUGGCUCAGAUGUGAGAUUGCUGAGUCAUGUUGUCACUGUGGAUCACAUGGUCAGAUUGCUGAGUCAUGUUGUCAUUAUAGCAGUGUUCUCUGGAGGGAUGUUCUGAUUAAAACUUUGGCUAAAAUUCUGAUGACAGUUAUUGUAAACCGUAAGUUUGUAAGUUCCACCUUAGUGCAUGUUGGAGAUUGAUUGUAAGAGACUGGACCAGAUUCAUGUUUAACACUUUUACUGUUUGCAUUGUAAUUUGUUGACAGACCACAUCAUUGUGAUACAGAAAGGAAAACAGCGCUACACAACACAAAGAAAUAAACAAAAAACAAAGUAGAAAUGUGAACAUAGAACAUUCUCCUCGGGGAAAACUGUACAUGCAGGAAUAUGGGAAUUACAGUUCAGUCUUCUUACACCUUCUCAUGGUCCGUCUGUUGGACGUAAACUCUCAUCUACAUCAUGAAUAUCUUCUCUUGUGUCUGUGAGUGAUUUCAGAAAACCUGAAACCUUCACACAUUUCCCUUUGUAGAGAAGUUAAGAUUCACCUGGGAGCAGUUUACCAAUUCAGGACAGAUUUAGAACAAAGUCUAAUGGAAAUGUACAGAAACAUCCUGACAUAUUCUGACAACCUGUUCAGCCAUUCUGCAGGUAAAGACUGAUGUGAUGAACUGAUGCUAAAUGUUGUGGGGGGGAGACUAUUCAACAGAGACCCGUUAGAAAACAUUUAGAUCAGCAGGACAGAAGCAGCUGAUAAUGGAGGAAACAGCAGAGAAUUAUACGGAAUCAUUUCAUGGACGAACCAAAACAUUUACAACUGGUUCAGAGAAAUGAGAAACUGAUUUUGAUGUGAACCAGCGACACGACGAUGUGAAGAUUGAAGAAGUAGUUUGGAGAAUUUCAAUUCUGAUCUGAGAAAUGAACAAAAGUGACAGAAAAACUGUAUUCAGUAUUAUAUUUUAAAAUAUAUAAAAGAAUAUAUAUAUAUAUAUAUAUAAGUAUUCAGUAUUAGAGUAUUAAGUGUUAUAUUAAAGUAUUCAAUAUUAAAGUAUUCAACAUUAUAUUUAAAUCUUUAAUAUAUAUUAAAGUAUUAAGGAGGGGCUGCACAGUGGAGUAGUAGUUAGCACUUUGGCCUUGCAGCAAGAAGAUCCCCGGUUCAAAUCCCGGCCUGGGAUCUUUCUGCAUGGAGUUUACAUGUUCUCCCUGUGCAUGCGUGGGUUUUCUCCGGGUACUCCGGCUUCCUCCCACAGUCCAAAAACAUGCUGAGGUUAAUUGGUUACUCUAAAUUGUCCGUAGGUGUGAAUGUGAGUGUGAUUGUGUGUCUGUAUAUGUGGCCCUGUGACAGACUGGUGACCUGUCCAGGGUGUCCCCUGCCUUCACCUGAGUCAGCUGGGAUAGACUCCAGCACCCCCCAUGACCCUAGUGAGGAUAAAGUGGUGUAUAGAGGAUGGAUGGAUGGAUGGAUGGAAGUAUUAAGUAUGAUAAUAGAAUAUUAGGUAUUAUAUUGUAGUAGUAUUGUAGAAGUUUUAGGACCUUAUCUGAGCAGGUCUGAUGUUUGCUGCUUAUAUAACCAGUCGGCCGUGUGCAGAACAAACUCUUUUUGACCUUUUUGGGAACAUGACAGAUCUGCGGUUUUUUUUUUAGUUGUUCUUGUAGUUUUUGCCCAGUUCUGAUAAAUGUGGUUGGAAGCAUUAGUAAAUCUGAAAUACUUCAUGAAUCAUUACAAACUGAGUGGAAAAUAUUCAGACCUGUAUUUGUUAUUUCCAGAGUUGCAGUGAUUUGUCAGGAUGACGUUAGUUGGUGUUGGUUGCAGCCGGACUGAAAGUUGGGACUGAUUUGGUUUUACCUUUGGUUCAGACUAAUUUCUGCUGCUUUACUGUCUGCUCAUAGAGAUACUCCUGAUAAAGAAUGAAAAGAAGAAAGAUCCUUUCUGCAUUAUUGCUUCUUUUUAUCCACUCUCUUAGAAUAAAAACAAACACACCAGAUCAUAGUCACCAUUUAUUUUAUCAGAAAUGACACAGCAUGAAAUAUAUAAAUAAUAUUACAGUAUUCCAGGAAUUUAACACAUUUCAAUAAAUAAAUACCUUUCAUUGCUGUGACUACUGGUGUCCAGCACCCAACAUAUUUAGAUCAUGUUUGUAUGAAUUCUAGCAGAUAACGGAUGAUUUUUUGUCAGCUGUAUGCACCAGUCAGCUUCUGUUCAGCUUCUCAACCCGUUUAUGUGCAAAUAUUCAGGAUUACUGACAGAUUACACAUUUUUACAGAUGCAAAACAAACAUUGCCACAUCUGGAUUAAAAUUUAACUGACAGAAGAGGUUAAAGGACAGCAGGACGCCGGACCGAACCUGUCAGAUGUUGCCAAACCUUCCCUUCAUCUGCUGUUCAAACAGAAGCCCUGCAGCUGCUGUGAUGUAACCCCAAACUUAAAUACGUAACCCAAACAGAACCAGGAACCAUAUCUAACCCAAACAGAACCAGAAACCAUACCUAACCCUGCAGAACCAAGAACCCUAAUCCGAUAGAACCAGGGACCAUACCAAACCCGAACAGAACCAGGAACCAUAUCUAACCCAAACAGAAC